ACCACGGCAACUUUACCUAGGUGAGGUUUCUUUUGAACAAAACAUGUAUCUCGAUUCACACUUGGAGAGGUUGCAAUGCUCUGUAGUGGCUGUGUGCACUUUGCUUGGGAGUGAAUCAGCGCCGACGCCUGAUCAGUCGACUCGCGGGCUUAUCUUUCCAAUCAAACUCCUCCAAAGUCAAGAAAGUCCAUGCAUUUAUGCCUCUCCCGUGUUCCGCCGACGUACCGGUACUGUCGAGACUGUUAUGUCCCCUCAAUCAGCCACACCUGCACCCAUGAGGUUCGAACGGUGGGCUGAGGAAGGGGACGUGCCAGUAAGGCUGAGUGGACCACGUCGUCUCUCGGUGGUUCUCGAACGACCUCGCAUUACAUCCAGCUCGAGGCGCACACAGUUUGAGCCACUAAUAUUUCCCAAGAUCUCGCGGUGCAGACCACAAUCAGUUCAUUGCUGUCACUUCCCACUGGGGGUGAUUUGGGGUCGAAAAGCGGUUUGUUUGACU